AUGUCUCAUGCAUUAAACAAUACUACUCAAGUAUGUGUCGUGUCUUCUCUAAAUAUCUUGUGUUCUCCACUAUUAAUAUUGUUUCUUCCUUCUCAAUAUAACAACACCUAUAUACAUUGGAAUCACUUACUUAGAGAUUCAUAUAUCAUUCCAAAUCCAAUGGGUAAAGGAUUGAAUGUGAACAAACAAACAGUUGAUGAUUCUCAUGAACAAGACAAGUUCGACGAAAGAGAAUUUCAGGCUAGAGUGAUAAUAUGGUUGGCAAGUCAAGAAAUGGAAGGAAGGAAUGGUAACAAAGGAUUGCAACCAACACUAUCUCUUUCAUUGGAACCUCAAGCAUUAUUAAUGCAUGCUUCACAUGGCUUUUCCAUAAAGCGAUCACUUCAAAAUUUCCUUCACAAGAGAAAUAAAAGGAUUCAAGGUCACGUCUCUAUUGUAAGGCCACAUGAUAAUAAUAGUACAACUUAG